AUGGCUGAAUACAAGUUCUAUUAUUUCAAUGGACGUGGAUUGGGCGAUGUUUCCAGACAGCUCUUCGCUCUUUCCGGAACGAAAUUUGAGGACGUCCGUAUCGAACAGGCCGAUUGGCCAGCCCAAAAGGCAAAGAUGCCAUUUGGACAAAUGCCGGUAUUGGAGUUGAAAUCAUCUGGACUCCAAAUUCCACAAUCCAUGGCUAUUGCACGUUAUCUCGCCAACAAGUUCGGAUACGCUGGAAAGACUCCAGAAGAAGCAGCUCUCGCCGAUGCUCUCAUCGAUCAGUUCAAGGAUUUCUAUACUGAAAUCAAGCCAUACUACUAUGGGAAGCUUGGAGCAAUGCAGACUGACACUGAAGCUGAAAAGACAAAAACAUUGAUUCCAGCAAGAGAUAAGUUCUUGGCAAUUCUCGUCAAGUUUCUGAAAUCCAGCAACAGCGGAUUCUUGUUCUCCGGAGGACUCACAUACGCCGAUUUAAUGAUUUGUGAUAACAUGCGAUCUCUCAUUGGGUGGUGGCCAGAAUAUUUGAAUGGAUUCCCGGAAAUCAAAGCCUGGUAUGAGAAGGUGGACAGCAUCCCAGAAAUUCGUAAACACUUGAAUUCUCAUGAAGACAAGGGGUUCUAA